GCUUCGACAAAAGCGAGACGAACCAUCGACGCCGGUUUUCCCCACUAUGCAUAGCCGAUUAUCUUUCUCGAUGUUUUAACGCUAAUUUGCAACAACAAUCGUCAGUAGAUAAGCAGCAACCGUAAGUGCGAACACAAUGUGUUGAGUGUCGUGACAUGUUUUGAAUGUCGUAGCGAUACUACCCGUGCAGUGUACGUGACAGAGUUGCGUUUAAAUAAAACUAUGACCGAUGCCAAACCCGUGUCAAGAAGGAUUGGAGGUGUGUCCCGUGGACCAGGGUUGCGCCGAGAUAGUCCUCAAGGACGAUGACGGAAACGAGCAGAUCGCCGAUCUGGCCGAGCUCAGGAAUCGGGAAGGAAUUCUUGAUCCUAACAACGCAUCCCUGAACAUCGACCACUCCCAGGACGUGAUCGUAGGACCAGUCACGCAGUUUUAUGCACCGGUCACGAUAUACCAACAUGUCAACGGGCACAUUAACGGACGAGUGCAGACGCAAGAGGAAGACAACAAAGUCGUUGUUGAGACGCCAGUCGAAAGUCCCACCCACACGCAGACUCCGCCGAAGUUCCCUAGUGCCGCCCCGUUGGUGGUGGACAAAGAGGACGCCAAAUGUCUUCAAAAGAAAUUCGACUUUUUCAAGAACAAAUACUUGUGCUAUGUUAUUUUGGGUGUGGUUUUCAUUUUGAUAAUCAUGGGCAUCUAUUUGAUUGUCUCAUCGUUAAAUAAAAAUGCUCCACCGCCAAACUUUACACCCACCGAAAGGCCCACAUCCAAAUUGCCCAUGGUCUACAAACACGAUUGGAAAGGAUUGCCUGCUAGCGGUUACAAACUUCUGGCACCGCCAACUCCUCUAGUCAUUAUUAAACACACGGCCGGAGGUUUUACCACCGACUCUCAAACGUGUCGUACCAAAGUCAGAGAUAUUCAGGCUGCAGAUAUCGGUAACAAAUAUCCCGAUAUUCGCUAUAACUUCCUCAUAUGUGGUGAUGGAAAAGUUUACGUUGGUCGAGACUGGGGUGUCGAAAACCAACAGAGACCCAACAGCAUCGACAUCGCUUUCAUGGGCUCGUUCGAUGGCAAUGUGCUUAGUCCCGAGAUGAUUGCUGUUUGUCAAGAGUUAAUCAAUGAAGGUGUGAGGAAUGGUUAUCUUUCUAAGGACUACAAGCUUGUGGGUCAUCAGCAGACGAUGGGAACGGCUAGUCCUGGUAAAAACAUUAUGGAAGUGAUUAGAAAGUGGCCCCACUAUUAUAGUGGCAAAUCGCAGAAGAAACCAGUCUACAAAAAAAUAGUAAUAGGCAUAAUAUGCUUGCUGGUUGCAUUAAGUAUUAUCGCAUCAUUGAUUGUAACACUGAAAGGAAACAAAGCUACACCGGAUCCUCUCAUUAAUCCUCCGCAGGACAUCGACGAAAAAUUUCUGCUAGACUACAACGACUGGGAAGGCGUAAAAACUUUAGAUGGGGCAAGACGCCUUAAUCCACCAUCACAUUAUGUUAUAAUAUCGCAUACAGUUAGUCCCAAAUGUACAAAUUUCCUCAGUUGUUCUGCCAGAGUGAGAAACAUACAAGCUGAACACAUGAGCGUUCUCCGUAGUCCGAACAUCGGUUACAAUUUUCUCGUGGGUGAUGAUGGCCACGCUUACGAAGCCAGAGGUUGGGAUAUCAGGAACUUUCAUAUGGACGAUUCGAUUGGCAUAUGUUUAAUUGGAGAUUACACUAUGGAAGUUCCAAGUGAGAUUCUGAUCGAAUCUUUAAAAAGACUAAUCGAUCUAGGAGUUUCUUUAAAUAAACUUUCUCGUAAAUAUAAACUCAUCGCCCACAAUCAGACCUCGGCUACUUUAAGUCCGGGCGUGGAAGUCUUUAAAAUAAUCAAAACUUGGCCACAUUACGACAGUGGAAUUUAUCGUGUGUUAACAUUUUUUAAGAAGAGGCGAAAAAAAAUUGUGGAGUUAAUCUGCAAAUAUUUUAAAUACUGGUUUCCACUAGUAAUAGUAACCGUCAUCGCAACCACAAUACUAUCAAUACUACUUUUGGUGGAACAAGAAGACGAAUCCGAUUAUUCUCCUACCGAAACACCCGACCAAUCUGAGACCACAUCCGACAACACGAAUGACGAAAAGUGGCUUUUAGAAAAAAAGGAUUGGCAUGGCAAAGAAACACAGAUACCAUUAAACCUAACCCAUCCAGUACCAUUAAUAAUAAUAUCUCACACUGGAACGGAGUACUGCGACAACUUAUGCGAUUGCCAAAAAGAAAUAAAAAAAAUCCAGAUGUUGCAUAUGAAUUUGGGGUUCCUUGACAUUGGUUACAAUUAUUUGAUUGCUGGUGAUGGACAUGUUUAUACGGGGCGGGGUUCAAACUUACAAAACUACCAUUGGAACCACAAGGACACAUCUUUGGCCAUAAGUUUCGUCGGUGAUUUUAACAAAGAUGCAUUAACGGCUGAUAUGAUAUGUGUAUUUUUAAGACUGAUGGACUAUUUGGACAUGUCUAAAGUACUUUCAGAUGAUUAUAUUUUGGUGGCCCAUAAUCAAACUUACCAGACUAUGAGCCCUGGAGAGAAUGUUUAUGCAUUUAUUAAGCUUUUACAACAUUUUAAUAGUUCAAAUUUUGUUUCUGACCAAAAUAACAGUUCUUCUAAACAAACAAACAGGUAUAUGAUCAGCGAUAAAGUUGCUCCUAAAUUUAUAACCAGUAACUGCAUCCGACCGCUUUUAAAUUUGGUAGGAUAGAGUUCCUUGUUCCUGUGCUAAUAAUUAAAAAACUACAAUAGUAGAAACUCUUUAAGUGUGUGAUAAACCAUUAGGUGAAGGAAGAAUAUUAAAGUUCAAAAUACAACUGGAACGGAAACCAUAUUAGUUUUGCAAUAAGGUGUGUGAUAUUGUCUACCUCAAAAAAAAUACAAAAUAUUAUAUUAUUUUUCA